AUGUCACAGAAUUUAAGCAAGAGAAAUACGACAAAAGUAUCUUUAAGUUCAGUGCAUGAAUCAUGGGAUGCAAAGCUGGCAAUUGAUGGUAUAAGAACUCAGACAGACUAUAAGCUAUGUUCACACACUGCUUUAGGAUCCUCAAAAGCUUGGUUUCAAGUGGAUCUAAAAGACUACUAUAGCUUGAAAUCCGUCAAAAUAUACUACAGAAGUGAAACACUUUGGCCUCCUUACCGAUUUCGUCAAUUCUACUUAGAUGUAUCAAACAGCUCAGCAAAUGUAUCAUCAACAUUGCUUAGGACACCCUGUUACCAAGACGAAACUCCAGAAUUAGAAAUACCCCCAGCUUUGAUUGACAUUCCUUGCAGGCACACAGCAAGAUAUGUCAUUGUUGAGACGACGUAUGAGGCUUCAGAAGAUGAGGAAGGGGAUGGUGCUGUAUUGGAAAUUUGCGAAAUAGAAGUUUAUGGUAUUUUGUUUUCCUAG